CAUUUCUAUCAGUUUUCAUUUUGUUUAUAUUUUCAAUUUCACCAGAAAGAAACCCUAGUUCUCUCGCGGUUAAAAAAAACACAGAAGAAAUUAAAAAAGAGGAAUAGAAAUUAUAUUCAUUUUUAUUUUCAAAUUUUCAGGAUUCAGUUAGGGUUUUCAAAUCGGCGUCCAUGGAAUUCUCAAACCCUAAUCCAUGAAUUGGGGCUUUUGAUCUUCGCGAUGUGUGGGAUGAAUCGGCUAUUGCUUAAGAUCUGAAGAAAAUGCAUGUGGUGUUAUUUAUGAUGGAAUGUGAAAAUUGGGUUAUAGAUAUGUAUGAUGGAAUGUGAAAAUUGGGUGAAUUUUGGUUGGGGGGGUUUGUACUGUUGAUUUGUUCAUGGAAGGUAGUAGAGAAGAUAAUUCCAAUGGUGAUGCAAAUUCUAAAAAAUCAAGAUCUUUGGAUCUUAAAAGUUUAUAUAAAUCAAAAUUGACAGAAGAGGUUUCGAAGAAGAAUUCAAAGAGGAAGGGUAGUGGUAGUCCUGGGGGUGGUGAGGAGAAGAAGAACAAGAGAAAGAAGGCUAGAAAAGAAGUGUCUUUAAGUAGCUUAGAAAAUGGCGAGGGUAGUGGGAAGAAGGUUACUGAUGAAGAGUGUAAACAAGGGCCUAGUUCUGGUGGGGAUGAUUUGGUCGAACUUAAAUUAGGAGUGAGUAAAGGAGUUACUAGCAGUAGUGGGCCGAGUAGAGUUUUGUUAGGUGCUGGUGGUGAUGUUUGUAUUCCUAAGCGUAAGAGGACUUUAGUGGGGCGGAAGAAAUCUGAAAUUGGUCAAUCAUCGAAUCUGGUACGGCAUCCUAGUCCUAGUAUUGGCCAUGAUGAUCAGGUGCCUAAGUUAGGUAGUGACGAUUCGGGUAGGGCAGUUCAAUCUUCGAAGAUUAAUUUGAAGAAACAUUUAAAUGAAUUUAAGGAAAAUAGGAAUAGUGAUUCAAAUUCAAUUUCAGUUAAGCAUGUCAAGGAGAAUGGGGAUCACGCCCCUCAUUCUGUUGUAAAUAGUGACCAUUCAUCUUUAAAAAAGUCAAAAAAGAAGGAUAGGAAGCGAAAAACUCUGGCUUCAGAUAAACCUAGGGUUUCCAAGGAGGCUGAGCCCUUGAAUGAUAGCCGUAAAAUAUCUGUUGAGUUGCAGGAAGACGAUGAGGAAAAUCUUGAGGAGAAUGCAGCAAGGAUGCUUUCUUCAAGGUUUGAUCCAAGCUGUACUGGGUUUUCUUCUAGUGGCAAGUCUUCUCCCUUGCCAUCAGCUAAUGGUUUGUCCUUUUUGCUAUCUUCUAGUCGAAAUAUUGUUAAUCAUGGCUCAAAGUCUCGGUCAGGUUCUGAAUCAGCAUCAGUUGAUACUGCUGGCAGAAAUUUGAGGCCAAGGCAACAAUACAAAGAUAAGGAGAAGUCCAGAAAGAGGCGCCAUUUUUAUGAAAUUCUGCCUGGUGAUGUGGAUGCAUAUUGGGUACUGAACCGUAGAAUUAAAGUAUUUUGGCCUUUGGACCAGAGUUGGUAUUAUGGCCUUGUCAAUGAUUAUGACGAGCAGCAGAGGCUUCACCAUAUCAAAUAUGAUGAUCGAGAUGAAGAAUGGAUUGAUCUCCAAACUGAGAGAUUCAAACUCUUAUUACUUCGUAAUGAAGUUCCUGGGCGUGCAAAGGGGGGAAGAGCUUUGACAAAAAGUAGAAGGUCUGAUCAGCAAAAUGGAAGCAAGUCCAGAAAAGAAAGGCAAAAAAGAGAAGUGAUUGCAGAGGAUGACAGUUGUGGCGAGAGCUCUAUGGACUCCGAGCCUAUAAUUUCGUGGCUGGCUCGUUCUUCUCAUCGGUUUAAAUCUUCUUCUUUUCAUGGCAUUAAGAAGCAGAAAACCUCUGUCACACAUCCAAGUACAACCUCAUCAUUGCUAUAUGAUGAACCUGUUUCAGUAAAGGGAAAUACAACAAAGAGUUCUUCUAGGGACGUUACAAAUGAUUUGUCUAGUGGUUCUAUAUCACAAGAUAAUUUAGGUGAUAAUUUUGGGGAGAAGUCCUCAUUGCAAAGCGCCACUCACAUUAAAGAUCGCAAACAGCCCGCUGUGUACUAUAGAAAGCGGUUUCGAAGGUCAGCUGCAAUGUCACUUCCUGUGCUUGUAGAGAAACACAUCGUUGUAAGUACACCCUGUUCUGUUUCUUUUGAUCAUGUGGUUGGUGGGAUUCAGAAUGUAAAAAAACCAAGUGACAGGAGGUUUGAGGGGCCACUGUGGUUCAAUUAUGAUGAGGGAGUAUCAAAAUUGGUUUGGGACAUGGAGUCAGCAUCAUUCAAAUUUGACUUAAACUUCCCUAUACGGUUGAUAUUGAAUGAAGCUUUUCAAUCUGAAAAUUUGUGGUUUCUCUAUGCUGUUUUGCUGUUUCGAUAUGGUACAAUUGUGACCAAGUGGCCAAGAGUUUGUUUGGAGAUGCUUUUUGUUGAUAAUGUGGUAGGGUUGAGGUUUCUAUUAUUUGAAGGCUGCUUGAAGAUGGCUGCAACCUUUGUCUUUUUUGUCCUCAAGGUUUUCCGUCAACCCGCUCCUCGAGGGAACUAUGACUUGCACUUGCAGCUUCCAUUUACAUCUAUUGGAUUCAAGCUUUCUAGUCUUCAUGUUACCAAGCAGCCACUUGUGUUUGCACUCUAUAAUUUCUCCAAAUUGAAGAAUUCAAAUUGGGUGUACUUAGAUUCAAAGCUUAAGAGGCACUGCCUAUUCAGUAAGCAGCUCCAUCUAUCUGAGUGCACAUAUGAUAACAUCCAGGCACUUCAGCAUGGAUCAAGUGAGUUCACCACAGCUUCCAUCCGUGAGCCCUCAUCAGUCAAGGUCAUGAGGAGGAGGAGUAGGCCAGGGAUUAACAUCAUGGGUAUUUCCAAAGUGUCCACUCAAGUUGAUACUCAUCAGUCUUCUGAUGCUGGCGAGAGGAAGCUUCCUCCAUUUGCUCUUUCUUUUGCUGCUGCACCUACAUUUUUUCUCCAUUUGCAUCUUAAGUUGCUGAUGGAGCAGUCGGCAGCUCAUAUAGGCUUGUGUAAUCAUGUACCAACAGAUGGGCAGGAAGAUUCUGGUAUGGCGACUGAUGACUGUUCUAGCAUUGAUGAUUGCUCUAACAGGAAUUCAGAAAUUAUUCUGCAUAAUGAUGCGGCGACUUUGUCAAAUGACGCUACAGGUGAUGGAUCAUGUGCUGGGUCAGAUCAGUUAACUGGUCCCUCUACUUCUGGCGAUCAAGUUGUCUCUCAAAAUGACCAGAAUAUUGGUCUUCAUGGUGAUGUUAAGUUACCAGAGUUGCAAUCCCAUCGUUCAGCACAAAAGCUUGGAUCAUUACCUUCAAGUUCUUUGAUACACCAGGAUAAGGCGGAUGAUAGUUCUCAUUCUCUUAAUGGUGAUCUCCAUCUCCAGAUUCCUUCAGUUGAUGAUUUUGAGAAACCUAAUGCUCAACAGUCUCCUGAUUUGUCUUGGAAUGUACAUGGAAGUGUUAUCCCAAGCUCAAAUCGAACUGCUCCAAGAAGUUCUUGGCAUCGGACCCGGAAUAGUUCGUUGUCAUUGGGAUUCCAGUCACAUGCGUGGGCUGAUGGCAAGGCUGACUCUCUUUACAACGAUUUUAGCAAUGGACCCAAAAAGCCACGGACUCAAGUAUCAUAUUCAGUGCCUUUAGCAGGGUAUGAAUUAAGUUCAAAGCACAAAAGCCAUCAUCAGAAAGGGCUUCCUAACAAACGAAUUAGGAAGGCAAGUGAGAAGAAGUCAGCAGAUGUUGCCAGGGCUCCAGAAAAGAAUUUUGAAUGCUUAUCUUGUGAUGCAAAUGUCUUGAUUACAGUUGGUGAUAAAGGGUGGAGAGAAUAUGGGGCCCAUGUUGUAUUAGAGCUGUUUGACCAUAAUGAGUGGAAACUUUCUGUGAAACUUUUAGGAGUUACAAGGUAUUCGUACAAAGCACAUCAGUUUAUGCAGCUUGGGUCAACAAAUCGUUAUACACAUUCAAUGAUGUGGAAAGGAGGGAAGGAUUGGACCUUGGAAUUUACUGACAGAAGUCAGUGGGCUCUAUUCAAGGAGAUGCAUGAGGAAUGUUACAACCGGAACAUCCGUGCUGCUUCGGUUAAAAACAUACCUAUUCCCGGUGUUCACUUGAUAGAAGAAAAUGAUGAUAAUGGAUCCGAGGUAACUUUUGUUCGGAGCUCUAUGUAUUUGGAACAACUUGAAACAGAUGUUGAGAUGGCUCUGGAUCCAUCCAGGGUUCUGUAUGACAUGGAUAGCGAGGAUGAGCAAUGGUUUUCAAACAUUCGAAAUUCUGAAAAGGACAAAACUGACUUGAAAGGGAUUACAGAUGAGAUGUUUGAGAAAACAAUGGACUUGUUUGAAAAGGCUGCAUAUGCUAAGGUGCGCGAUCAGUUUCUACCAAAUGAAAUAGAGGAACUAAUGGUUAAUGUCGGGCCUUUGUGCAUAGUCAAAGUCAUUUAUGACCAUUGGCAGCAGAGAAGGCAGAAGAAGGGAAUGGCUUUAAUUCGGCACUUUCAGCCACCUAUGUGGGAACGAUAUCAACAACAAUUGAAGGAGUGGGAAGUAGCUGCGGCCAAGAAUAACAACAACCUUUCUUCUAAUGGAGGCCCUGAUAAGAGGGCUACUUUGGAGAAGCCAGCCAUGUUUGCCUUCUGUUUGAAACCAAGAGGUUUGGAAUUACAGAACAAGGGAUUAAAACAUCGAUCUCAAAAGAAAAUAUCCGUCUCUGGGCAUACAAACAGUUUCCCAUAUCAGGAUGGCUUCCAUACUACAGGAAGAAGAGCAAAUGGCUUAGCAUUUGCCGAUGAAAGGUUUGUAUACCCAGGCCAUAGUUAUGAUUCUUUGGAUGAUUCUCCAUUGCCUCUGACAUCACCAAGAGUAUUCUCCCCACGGGAUGCUGCCAGCAUGAGAUAUUAUUCUAUGAACAAUGACGCGUACUACAGAAAUCAUAUGCAGAAACUUCACAGGAGCAAGUCCAAGAAACUUGGUUCAUUUAUGUAUCAUAAUGAUUCACAGAUGCCGGCUUCUUACAGUCAGAGAAUGCCAGCGUCAGAAAAAAGAAAUGGGGUUAGAUCCAACAUGGUCAAUUAUGACUUACCAGGUCACAGGCAGAACAUACAUGAUGGCGCUCAGAAGCAUGGAAUUGAACAAUUGGAUGGUUCAGACCAUGACGAGUUUAGAUUGCGCGAUGCUGCAAGUGCUGCUCAGCAUGCACGCAGCAUAGCUAAGUUAAAGCGUGAGAGGGCUCAAAAAUUGCUUUAUAAAGCAGAUGUAGCAAUUCACAGGGCUGUGGUUGCUCUUAUGACUGCUGAAGCAAAGAAAGCUUCCGAGGACGCGGUUGGUGACAAUAGCAAGACCAACAGCUGAGGCUCUCUGAUAGCUUCAAUAAUCUUUUGUCCGUGAAUGGAGCUGCGAAGAGGAGAUUUUGUUGCUGCAAAGUUUGUCUCCCUUUCAUUGUCUACAUGAACCUUUUUCCAGCUUGAGAUCUGCUUUGUUCAGAUUUACUGUUGCAAUGAUCUCAUGGUAUAGAUCUUUUGAAUUUUUGGGUGCCUAUAUUUGUACAGAUUCUAUCUCCCCCUCCCCAUUUGCCCUCCGUCCUGCUCCCUUCUAAGUUUUCAAAUAUUCAACAUGAAAAUAGAAAUUGGCCAAAUAAUACAACACCGGUUUGAACGGAGAUUUUGUCGUGGUUUU